AUGCACGACCACUCUUCGUCCGCAGCCCUUUUCCAUCACCGGAUUUUAUUCGUCGACUACCAUAUUUUGAUAGAUACCGACAAUGAAGGCCAAACGGACAUCGAAACUACAGGUUGGGUGUUGUUCAAUCUAACUUUGUACUCCCAAAAAAAGAAGAAUGUUACAGAAGAAAUUCCUUCAGACAGCGAUGAGAUUAUGUCGUCUGAAGAUGAAUCCGAACAUAGUGUCACCGAUGAAUUGGAAAGUGCACAUGAAAAACACAUCCGACUGACUAGAAAGGCUAUUCAAAAAGCCCGUGAACAAAUUGGUUCUGAUGAAGAGGAGCUCAGCGCCUUCUCACUCCGAUUGAGAGAGGAGGCUUUGCUCGAGAAAGGACGGUUACUUGUUACUUUAGCCCAUAAGGCUACCUCCAGUAUGGACGAGACUGUGAUUGUUUGGGACCCCGAACAAAUGACAGUCCGAACUAAGCUGAAGAGACACCGAGCCGCUGUUACAGUAAACGUAACUCUCACAUGUUGUUCACGGCGGAUUGUUCCGGACGCGUUUGUGUCUGGAAUAUGCCUCUCCAGAAUGUCCAAUGAUAGCAGCAUCAGCCUUGAGAUUGAUUGGACGCUGGCAUUUGGUGGUUGGGUGUUGUUCAAUCUAACUUUGUACUCCCAAAAAAAGAAGAAUGUUACAGAAGAAAUUCCUUCAGACAGCGAUGAGAUUAUGUCGUCUGAAGAUGAAUCCGAACAUAGUGUCACCGAUGAAUUGGAAAGUGCACAUGAAAAACACAUCCGACUGACUAGAAAGGCUAUUCAAAAAGCCCGUGAACAAAUUGGUUCUGAUGAAGAGGAGCUCAGCGCCUUCUCACUCCGAUUGAGAGAGGAGGCUUUGCUCGAGAAAGGACGGUUACUUGUUACUUUAGCCCAUAAGGCUACCUCCAGUAUGGACGAGACUGUGAUUGUUUGGGACCCCGAACAAAUGACAGUCCGAACUAAGCUGAAGAGACACCGAGCCGCUGUUACAUCUGUUUCUUUCAGACGUAACUCUCACAUGUUGUUCACGGCGGAUUGUUCCGGACGCGUUUGUGUCUGGAAUAUGCCUCUCACUGAAGUACUACAAGAUCAGGGUGCGCGGACCAACAUUGAAGUUUUAGGCCUCUGCGGCCUAUCAACUGAGAGAUGUGUUUCUUGUUCAGGCUUCGGUGGUCCCGGGGUCUGUGUUUGGAAGGUAGCGGAAGAAGUAUGUGUCCAGUAUACCACAAAAAACCCCAUCGAGACCGCGAUUGAAUGCGUCUACGCUGUAACUGACGACGUUUUCAUUGGCGGAUCGGCAACAAAUCACUUAUACAUUUGGCACGCGAGCCGAGGAAGUCCGGUGUCCUCUAUAUCACCGGCACAUCCGGAGCCGAAACUACUGGAUCCGUUACCUGGCCAAUCUGAGUUCCGCCGCCCCAUAGCCAACUGGGUUUCCGCCGUAACCGGUCUUGCCGGUACAGACUUGAUCGCCUCAGGGUCGUCCACCGGUCACAUCCAAUUUUGGCGAUUUGUUCGCCCAUCAGAUCAGGUAGAAACAAACAACAAUCAAGAAAGACAGCAGCAACGUACACAGGUCAAGCUGGAGCGGCUUACAGGUUGCAGUUUAUCGCUGAGUGGCUUCGUAAACUCGCUGGCAUUCAGUGCGGAUCGUCGCUUCCUAGCUGUUGCUUUGGGUCAGGAACACCGGCUUGGUAAAUGGGAACCACGCAGACCUGUCGAGGCAGCAGUUUGUCUGGUUCCACUCAAUUUGCCCGCUAAAUGGAGUCAACGUUCGUGCAGCGUCCACCGACCAACACCAUUUGUGGCGUUAGAAGUGGACUUCGAUGAAUCUCACUCUGCAUACACAGAGAAGCCGUAA